GGCAAUGGACAAUGGACAAUGGACACCCUUCCUGUCCUUGGCCUCCUUCACCCCUCAGGUGUUUCAGCAGGAGGGAGAAGAAGGCAAGAAGCCUCAGUCUUGGAAUGAGAGAUGAGGAUACCAAAGGGUGGUCUUCACUGGAGGGAGGAAGGAGAAGAGGUUGAUGCCAUGGAUUUUUCAGUGGCCUGGAAGGAACCAGGACACUGCAGACUCCCCUUGUCUGUCCUGCGCGAAGUCAGAUUCUCCCAUUUUUGGAUGAUCGAACCUCUGCGCCUUCUGCAUCAGAAAGAGGAGCCACGUGUAUUUUGCUGAGAUUAUUUUGUUGAGGUGCUGCAGUUGGAACAAUUCUCUGGAAAGGGAGAAGUCAGGAUGCUGUGCGCCUACACCAGGAUGCUCCUGCUGCACUGCCCGCUGCUGUUGCUGCUGCUGCCACUGGGCUCCAGGCCCCAGAAGUUCCCGACCAGGGAUGAGGAGCUGUUCCAAAUGCAGAUCCGGGACAAAGCGUUUUUUCACGAUACGUCCGUCAUCCCGGAUGGAGCGGAAAUCAGCAGCUACCUGUUCCGAGACACCCCUAAAAGGUAUUUCUUUGUGGUUGAAGAGGACAACACUCCCUUAGCAGUGACUGUGACACCAUGUGAUGCCCCCCUGGAGUGGAAACUGAGUGUGCAAGAGCUCCCAGAGGAAGCCAGUGGAGAAGGUUCAGGUGACCCAGAGCCUCUUGAGCAACAGAAACAGCAGAUUACCAGUGAGGAAGGCACAGAGCUCUUCUCUUACAAAGGCAACGACGUGGAGUACUUUGUGUCCUCUAGUUCCCCAUCUGGGCUGUACCAACUAGAUCUGCUGUCCACAGAGAAGGACACCCAUUUUAAGGUGUAUGCAACCACCACUCCGGAGUCGGACCAGCCUUAUCCGGAAUUACCUUACGAUCCCAGAAUCGAUGUCACCUCCCUGGGAUGUACAACGGUGACCCUGGCAUGGAAGCCAAGUCCCACUGCCUCCCUACUGAAACAGCCAAUCCAGUACUGCAUAGUCAUCAACAAAGAGCACAACUUCAAAAGCCUCUGCGCUGUGGAAGCCAAGCUCAGUUCUGACGACGCCUUCAUGAUGGCUCCCAAACCAGGCCUGGAUUUCAGUCCCUUUGACUUUGCCCAUUUUGGCUUCCCUGCGGACAACAACUCCGGCAAAGAGCGGGGUUUCCUGAAACCAUCCAAGUUUGGGCGGCAAACACCCUCAAAGCCCAGGGUUGACCUGCAUAAGGUUUGUAUCGGGAACAAAAACAUCUUCACCGUGUCUGACCUGAAGCCCGACACGCAGUACUACUUUGACAUGUUUGCGGUGAACACCAACACCAACAUGAGCACUGCGUACGUCGGCACCUUCGCCAGGACCAAGGAGGAGGCCAAGCAGAAAACAGUCGAGCUGAAGGACGGCAAAGUUACAGAUGUUUUCAUCAAGAGAAAGGGAGCCAAAUUCCUGCGGUUUGCCCCCGUUUCAUCCCACCAAAAAGUCACCUUCUCCAUUCAUUCGUGCCUGGAUGCUGUUCAGAUCCAAGUGAGAAGAGAUGGAAAACUUCUCUUGUCUCAAAGCGUGGAGGGCGUGCGGCAGUUCCAGCUUCGGGGGAAAGCGAAAGCGAAGUAUCUCGUUAGGCUGAAAGGAAGCAAGAAAGGUGCUUCCAUGCUGAAGAUCCUGGCUACAACGAGGCCCAACAAGCAGUCUUUUCCUUCUCUCCCAGAAGACACGCGGAUCAAAGCCUUCGACAAGCUCCGCACGUGCUCGUCGGUCACGGUGGCCUGGCUGGGCACGCAGGAGAGGAACAAGUUCUGCAUCUACAAGAGGGAAGUGGAUGACAACUACAACGAAGAGCAGAAGAAAAGGGAGCAGAACCAGUGCUUGGGUCCAGACACGAGGAAGAAAUCGGACAAGGUUCUCUGUAAAUACUUCCACAGCCAGAACAUCCAGAAAGCAGUGACCACAGAGACAAUCAGGGGCCUGCAGCCUGGCAAGUCCUACCUGCUGGAUGUUUACGUGAUAGGGCACGGGGGGCACUCUGUGAAAUACCAGAGCAAAUUGGUGAAAACAAGGAAGUUCUGUUAGUGCCCCUGUACAUAGAAAUACAUGGAACUCCGGACUGAGCGUUAUCCUACUUCCAAGUAUACGGAUCGACUACUUGCACAGCUGAGAAGUUGUGAGCUGUAUUUGUACUGUGUAGAAAAGAUAUCAACUUGUAUAUUUAUGUUUACGUAAGUAAUUGUUUGGAGGAACUGAGGCUGGUGCUCUCUGGCAGCACCUGGCAAUGGUAUUAUCAUGUGUCCAGUGGCCCACAUGUGAUGCUCAGUAGAUGUCCAAGGUAGCAGGAGACCUCGGAGGAACUGGCACACCUUUGCUUCCAUAUUGCAUGAACUGCUUCUAAAUUAUUUUAUACUUAAUAAGGCUGAGAUCCAUCAUCUGUCCACCUUGUUACUCACACACAGAACUCACAGACGUACACCCUUUCUCUCAGUGUAGGCGGUAGGGUUUCUGUAAAUUAUUUUAUAGAGUCUUGUUUUAAAUGUUUAUGUUUCUAUGAUUGUAAACUAUUAAAAUCUCCCCCCCCCAAUAAAAUACAGAUCUAAACUAAGUAUUAACUGGGCUGCACAUGAAGCAGUUUCAUUGCUAAUGUAAAUUCUUACCUAGCUGAUUUCCAUGUUUAAAUACUGUAUGUAUUUCAUGUACAAAGUUGCCAUAACGUUAUAUUCCUGUACAUAAAAUUAAAAAUAUUAGAUUAUA